AUGAAAACCCUUCAUACUCCACCUUUCGUUCUCACACCCUUCACCCUUGUGCUGGGAAUCAGGAAUAAGGAUGACAACCAAAAGAGCAUUUGCCUGCCCUCAUCAGAACUGAGCCAACAAUUGCGACCGUCACUAAGGCAAUGGAAUAUCAAAGUGUUAACAAAGGAGAAGAGGACACUUUUCACCAGUUUGCCGACGCAACACGAGAAGACGGACAAACUUGAAUGCUCGGGAGUUUAUGGCAUCCAAUGCGGCAACUGUGAGCAGAAGUAUAUUGGUGAAACAGGAAGAAAAGUCAGCCUACAAAUCAAGGAACAUCAUAGACCCUGCAGGAACAUGGAUACGAAAAGAUCCGAAAUAGCGAAGCAUGAAAUCGCCUAG